AUGGACAGUGUUCUUCCCUGUUAUCAUGACCUCAAAGAAGUUUUCAGUAAGAGUAAGGCUAGUGGCCUACCUCCUUACCGAACCGAUGCCUGUGCCAUAGACCUUCUCCUAGGUACGACUCCACCUCACAACUGCAUAUACCCUCUGUCCAUCACCAAACAGGCUGCCAUGGAGGAGUAUGUACAGGAGGACAAUUCCCCAACACAAAUCCUGGCAGUGGAUGCCUGGUUCAAGAGGAGUAAGCAGGAGUGGGAGGAGGUCCACCAGAGGCUGGAACAAGUCAACAGCAAGUACAAACAAUAUACAGACAAGCUUCAAGGGGAGACUCCUGAGUACACCCCAGUGGGUGGAAUCUUGGGGAUUCACAAAGAAGGAGCUCCUCUCAGACCUAUUAUCAGCAGUAUAAACUCGGUCACAUAUAACAUUGCUAAACACCUAGCCACAAUCUUGGCUCCUCUGGUUGGGAAUACACCAUAUCAUGUCAAAAAUUCCCAAGAUUUUGCUUCUAAAGUUGCAGACCUCAAACUAGAUUCAGAUGAAACCAUGGUUUCCUACGAUGUCACUUCUCUGUUCACCUGCAUUCCCACCACAGAAGCAGUCGAAUCUGUAAGAAAACGACUCCUUCAGGAUAGCUCCUUACUGGAUAGAACGAAACUCACCACGGAUCAGAUUUGCACCCUGCUUGACCUCUGCCUGACUACCACUUAUUUCCAGUUUAAUGAAAGUUUCUACAGACAGAAGCAUGGAUGCGCCAUGGGAUCACCAGUGUCCCCUAUUGUGGCUAAUUUAUACAUGGAGGAAGUGGAACAUAUAGCUUUGACCACUUUUGCAGGAGUUGCUCCCAGCCAUUGGUUUAGAUACGUGGAUGAUACUUGGGUUAAAAUCAAAAUCCAGGAGGUGGAAGCUUUCUCGAAACACAUCAAUGCAGUGGAUAGCAACAUCAACUUCACUCGGGAGGAUGUCAGUGGGAAUAAUCUAGCCUUCUUGGAUUGUGAUGUACACAUUAGACAAGACAGAAGCCUUAGUAUCGAGGUCUACCGGAAACCCACACACACAGACCAGUACCUACUUUUCGACUCUCACCACCCACUGGAACAUAAAUUGGGGGUCAUUAGGACCUUGCAACACAGGGCUCAGAACAUUCCGACAACAUUAGAGGGAAAAGAGAAGGAGCAGAACCAUAUCAAGAAAGCACUUCAGAAUUGCGGUUAUCCCAACUGGGCUUUCCUAAAGAGCAUAAAAAGGAACAUAACUGACAAGGAUGAUAACAGGAACAAACGCAAGAACAUUGUCAUUCCCUACAUUUCUGGUCUAUCUGAGAAACUCAGGAGGAUCUUCUACAAACACAACAUUCCAGUACAUUUCAGACCCGAUAACACCCUGAAGCAGAAACUGGUCCACCCUAAGGACAGAAUACCCAGACACAAACAGGACAACGUAGUGUAUGCAAUUCAGUGCAGUGAGAAUUGCACAAAUUCGUAUAUUGGGGAGACGAAGCAACCGCUAUACAGGCGCUUGGCCCAACACAGGAGAGCCAGCUCCUCAGGCCAGGACUCGGCUGUCUACAUUCAUCUUAACAAUGAAGGACACUCAUUUCGGGAUUGUGACGUACGCAUUUUAGCCAGAGAGGAUCGUUGGUAUGAGCGAGGAGUCAAAGAAGCCAUUUUUGUAAACCUGGAACGGCCAUCACUGAACAGAGGUGGGGGUCUAAGACAUCAU